AUGAUUUGGUUGGUUGUCAUCAUACCUUGGUUGAAUCGGAGGAUGAGGAAGUACUUGUUAGGUUGGGUGCACCCACCCCGUGUCAUUCCAAGAAAUGCCUUUUUGGUAAUUGGUGGGUUGAGCAGUGUGUCGUUGGAACGGUGUACCAAAAUACUUGGUGGGGUGGGUGAAUGCAAGUCGAUAGGGAUUCCCGCUGUCCAAUGGAAAUUGCGCUUCAAGGCGUCUCGCAAGGCUGAUCCUUCUCACGAGGAUUACCCACGACACGUGCCUCUGAGGGCCGAGGCCCCCUACUGCUGGUCGGCAAGCGAACGACGGGCGCACGCGUCGCUUCUAGCCCGGAUUCUGACUUAG